AUGGUAUCCUUGGACAAGGUUUGCAGGCCUCUUUCUAAAGGAGGAUUGGGGGUGCCUUCGAUUAGUGCUUUGCAACAUGCUCUAUAUUGCUCUGUUAUUUACAAAAUGUAUAAUUCCACUACGCCCCUUACUAAAUGGCUGUCUACUUACUAUUCUUCCCCAUGGAAGCCUCCCCAUUAUAAGGCCAGUCUGUUUUGGAAAUCCGUCUGCGCUACUGCUAUUAAGGUGAAAAUGAAUUUUUCCUUUGUCAUCAAUCCUGAUGCCCCCAUUGCAUUGCACUGGGACCAUUGGUGCAACAACCUCUCAUUCAUUGAGCUCGGCGGUGAUAUCACUCUUGACCUCUUCAAUUCUCAGUUUUUAAGCUCACUCAUAUUGGGUCACAACUGGAAUCUGCCUUCCAGCGUUCCUUCUAAUUUGGCUGAUCUGAUUUGCAGCAAUCCUAUUACUAAUGUGGAUGGGCCUUGUCUAAUCUGGAACAAUUGUAGCAAAGUUUACCAUAAGGACUUCAUUGAGGAUUUUUAUAAAGAUUUGACUGAUUGCAACUGGUUUGAAUUUAUUUGGUUCAAAAAGAAGAUUUUAAAGCAUUCAGUUUAUGCUUGGCUUGCUCUGGUUGGCGGUUUAAGAACUGCGGAUGCUUUGAGAUUACGUAAUAUCUCUAUUUCUGAGGACUGUUUGCUUUGUUUUCAUGGUCAAGAAUCUGUGAACCACCUAUUUUUUGAAUGCCCUCUCUCUUUCCAUAUUCUGGAACGUUUUAUCCCUGAGUCAAGGUUUUUUAUGUUGAGACCUUCGCUGCUGCAUAUUCUUCAAUGGGUGGAUGAUUAUCCUGGCUCAUCUGUGGUUAAAAAUUAUUACAAAUUGGUGGUUUGUUGCAUUAUUUAUGUAAUAUGGAAGGAGAGAAAUGGCAGGAGAUAUGGCUGUGAGAUUCACAGUUUAUCUUCUAUGAUUAUCAACAUCAAGUCUAUCCUGUAUGCUAGAGUGUCCAGGUGGAAAAAUUAUGAAGGUCUGCUGGGGAGAAUUAAUGGCCUGUAUUCGGAUGUGCUGCUGCAUUUUUGA